CUCUCCUCUCUUUCUCUCUCCUCCAUUGCUCUCCUCAAGUGUCAUUUUCUCAAAUAUACUUCACACAAGAAACAACCAUUCAUCACUUCAUAUCUAUUCUCAUUUCUUCUCUCUCUCUCUCUCUCUCUUCUUUCUCUCUCUAAACUUCCAUCAAAAUCCCAAAGAAAAGAGGAAAAAGAAGAAGAACCCACCAAUCUCCUCUCAAUUCCCUUCAAAACUCAUAUUCACACUUCUCCAACAAAUCUCUAAAUCUCGAGAAAAAUACGAAUCAAGAACGACGACGAAGACGAAGAAGGAGAAGAAGCAAGAACAAAACUUUAUGCGUAUGGAGCUAUUCCCAGCACAGCCAGAUUUAUCCCUCCAAAUUAGCCCUCCAAAUACCAAUAAACCCUCUUCUUCUUGGAUAACAACGCCUUCUCAAGAAGAAGUUGAUUUGAGGUUUUGGAAUAAUCUUAGUUUGGAGUCCACUAAAUCCACUCCCAAACACCCCCCUCCACCUCCGCCUCCUAAUCAUCAUCUUCUUCAUCAUCAUCAUCAUAUCUCCGCUCCCCUUUUCGAAACCCUAAACAAAACCCAACACCGACCCGCCAUUUUCCACCACGAUACGACAUCGCUGCUCAACCCGCCACCACCGCCUCCCCCGCUCCCGUUUCCAGGAUUCUUGCAACCCAUUAGAGGAAUUCCGGUGUACCAUCAAACAAUUAACCCCUCCGGCAUCGGUGUCGAUGGUGGCCGAGGCAUUACUCCCUCUUCCGUCGACCACCGCCAGAUUAUGAUGCGGUCGAGGUUCUUGUCUAGGUUUCCAGCCAAACGAAGCAUGAGAGCCCCACGGAUGAGAUGGACAUCAACUCUUCACGCUCGCUUCGUUCAUGCCGUCGAACUUCUCGGCGGCCACGAAAGAGCCACACCGAAGUCAGUUCUCGAGCUUAUGGAUGUCAAAGAUCUAACCUUAGCCCAUGUCAAAUCUCAUUUACAGAUGUACAGAACAGUGAAGACUACAGACAGAGCUGCAGCUUCUUCAGGCCAAUCAGAUUUAUAUGAAAAUGCUUCAUCUGGGGACACAAGCAAUAUUGAAGAUAUAAUAUUUGAUAUUCAAAAGCCAGCCACGGGAAGGCAAAAUGAGAGCUUAGUUCAUCAAACAACAAGGCAAAACCCUCUUCAAGACGAGGAUUAUCAUGCCCUUUGGAGCAAUUCUUCAAGGGAAGCUUGGUUGCAUGGUUUGCCAAACGAUUCUUCUCGGGACCUUUCUUCGUCCCUCGAGAAUGAUACGGAUCUGAAGUGCUCAAAUAACGAGAGACUAUCGGAAAGAAGCUCAUCGUCCGAUGAUUGUGGAGGGACAAACUCUCACAAGCCAAAUUUAGAAUUCACAUUAGGAAGGCCAAUUUGAUGAACGCAAACAAAGAGAUUGGUUAGUUUUCUACUCAUUUUGAGAUAUGAUUAUAUCUUAGAACAGAAAUUGAAGUGUAAGAAAAGAAAGCUAAAGAAAAGCAGCUCCUAAUUUCUAUCAACCUUUGAGCUCCCAAAUCAAAAUAUAUAAAUCUAAUUCAUUUUUGUU